UCGCCCUUUUGAGGCUUCUUCGUCGGUCGAUCCGCCUGCGGCAAAUCGAAGAAAUUGGAGAAGGGAAGAAGCAAUUGAUCGGAGAAAGAGAGGGAGAUAGGAGCGAUCGAUCGUCGAUGGAGGAGGUGAAGCUGUGGCGCGACAAGAGGGAGCGAGACAUGUACGACAGCUUCGCCGACUUGUACGCCAUCAUCAAGACCACCGAGAAGCUGGAGAAGGCCUACGUCCGAGAUCUCGUCUCCUCCUCCGAGUACGAGGCGGAGUGCCUCAAGCUCAUCGCCCAGUUCCGCACCCUCCACUCCGCCCUCCGCGGCACCGUCCCCUCCCUCGAGCGCUUCGCCGAGGCCUACCGCCUCGACGCCCCUGCCGCCAUCAACCGUCUCCUCGUGUCGGGCGUCCCGGCCACCGUCGAGCACCGCUCCGCCGCUAUUUCCUCCGGCGGAGGCUCCUCUGCCUCCGCCGCCGCCGUCGCCGAAUGCGUCCAGCACUUCAUCACCGCCAUGGACUCUGUCAAGCUCAACAUGAUCGCCGUAGACCAGGUCCACCCCCUCCUCUCCGACCUCUCUACCUCCCUUGCCAAGCUGGGCAACGGCCUCCUCCCCUCGGACUUCGAGGGCCGCACCAAGGUCCGCGACUGGCUCGCUCGCCUUGCUAAGAUGGGUGCUUCCGACGAGCUCACCGAGCAACAGGCCCGCCAGCUCCACUUUGACCUUGAGUCCUCUUAUAACGCUUUCAUGGCCGCCCUCCCCAAUUCCGGUUCUUAAUCAUUUAUUUCAGGUGAUAAUCACACAUUGAAAAAGCUGAAAAUUAAGGAAUGUACACUGUAGGAGAAUUUGAGCUACUUGCGUACCUUCCGACUUCCAAGUUCCUUCUGGUUUUCUUACUAAAGAUCGUGUGGAGGUCUUUGGCAUCUAUUAAUCUGAAAAAUGCACCUUCUUUUAGACAAGGCAUUUGCAAUAUUUAAUUAUGCAUAGACAUCCA